CAGCACAAUCCAACGCGUAUUGAUUUCUCUCGCCUGAUUCUCAAAUACAAAUCCACCCUCUCUUCAAAUCCUCACCAGAAUUCCUCCCUCCGCCUCGAUAUUUCCGUUCAACCGGCCGUCAGUUUCCCCCUAUUCCGGCAACUAUGUAUCCGCUCAUCACCUGCUCUAAUUGCCGCACACAAUUGCAGGUGCCGCCCGGCGCGCCUUCGAUCCGAUGCGCUAUUUGCCAGGCAAUCACCUCCGUCGCCGAUCCCCGCCACGCGCCUCCGCCUGCCCAUACUUCUCCAUACCCCCCUGCCUCGCCGUCCCCUCCUCAGCCGUCCCCUUAUUCCCACGCUCCGCCGGGUCCGCCGCCCAACCCUCACGGCCGUAAGAAGGCGGUGAUAAUCGGAAUAUCCUACAAGUUCUCCCGCCACGAGCUGAAAGGAUGCAUCAACGAUGCUAAAUGUAUGAAACAUCUCCUCAUGAAUAAGUUCCGAUUUCCAGAAUCUUCAAUUCUCAUGCUUACUGAAGAAGAAACUGAUCCAUACAGAAUCCCAACCAAGCAUAACAUGCGAAUGGCGCUGUUUUGGCUGGUGCAGGGAUGUCAACCAGGAGAUUCCUUGGUCUUACAUUACUCUGGCCAUGGUUCUCGACAAAGGAAUUAUAAUGGGGAUGAAGUUGAUGGAUAUGAUGAGACAUUAUGUCCACUUGAUUUUGAAACACAGGGUAUGAUUGUUGAUGAUGAGAUUAAUGCAUCUGUUGUCAGAACUCUGCCUCGUGGUGCAAAGCUACAUGCUAUCAUUGAUGCUUGUCAUAGUGGAACGGUUCUUGAUUUACCAUUUCUUUGCAGGAUGAGCAGGAGCGGGCAAUAUAUAUGGGAGGACCAUCGUCCUCGAUCCGGAGUGUGGAAAGGAUCAAAUGGUGGGGAAGUUAUUUCCUUCAGUGGCUGUGAUGAUGAUCAAACUUCAGCUGAUACAUCUGCUUUAUCAAAAAUUACUUCAACUGGUGCCAUGACUUUCUGUUUCAUCCAAGCUAUUGAACGUGGUCAUGGGACCACAUACGGGAGCAUCCUAAGUGCAAUGCGCACUGCAAUUCGUGAUGUUGGAAGUUCUGGUCCAUCCCUUGGAGGUGGUGCAGUAACAUCUCUUCUGACCAUGCUUCUUACAGGGGGGAGCUUAAGCACUGGUGGAUUGAGACAGGAACCGCAACUAACUGCUUGUGAACCUUUUGAUGUAUAUGCAAAGCCAUUUUCUCUAUGAUCAUCAAUAGAUGUCUGUAUUUUUUAUUCUACUUGAUUACUUAGCUUAUUGUGGGGUUGGGUGGAUUUAUACAAGUGUGGAUUAUUGUCACUUUAUAUAUGAAUUUAGUAUUUUAUUUUUUGUGAAA